CUUCUCAAUUUAAUAGUAUUAGCAGCUCUACUCUGAGGUUCUUUGGAUUUCUCUCUUUACCCCAGCAUGGAGAAUAAGCCCAGCAACACUGCUAUGGAACCUCAUAUCCAUUGCCUGUAUUCAAGGUCUUAUUCUUUUGGUCACUAUCUACAGCAUGUGACCAUCAGUGAGGAUCGGAACAUAGACUGACCAGUAAACAGAGAUCUUUUUUCGCAAACUGAGCUCCUGCUUCCGCACCACAGUAUUAGAGUAACUGUAGUUGACCCCAUUCAUUUGGUGCUCUCUUUUUCCAUCACUAAAGAAUAAGAUCCUGAGCUACUUAAACUCCCCUACCAGAGACAAGCUUUCCCAAAUAAAAGACCAGUCCACAUCCAGUGGUGGGGUUCAAGGCUAGGAAAAUCCACUGUAUAAAUAGGAUGUGUUGUAGAUGAUAGUAAUAAGAAAUAAAAAUCCAUAGACUUGGUGGUAGUGCUGCAAAGGAUGUAUGCAGGGAGUUAAAUUGCCCUGAACAUCCCCCACAAAGAUGAUAUCUGUAAAUUUUCUCACUCUAUUUUUUCAUAACCACCCCCUCUAUCCUUUUCAGUGAAGCAGAGUCAAAGGAGGCACUUGACUGCAGCAUGUACCCUUAUCCAUGGCACUGACAGCUCCUCCACAAGCCCUCGGUCUCUCUCCUUUGACCAGAGCCUCCACCUCACUGACCUAUCAGAUAGUCUUAUGCAUGGGAAGCCAUGGCCUAAUGGUUAGAGAAGCAGCUUUGGAACCAAAAGGUUAGAUUCCCUGGACCAGUAGGAAUGGCUGAAGUGCCCUUGAGCAAGGCACCUAACCCCCACCUGCACCCCAGGCUGCUCUGGGUGAUGAAGGUGCACCAGGUCACAGUGGAUCUGUAUCUGGAGGAUGUGAUCCUGGAUAGCAUCAAUCAAAUGGCUAAGGCUCAGGCCAGAGAAGAGAGCCAUCACAUGGCAGAGGAACUAAACAUCACCUACCCCAUGGAGAAAAUGUCAGAAACAGAGCAGUCACUCUACUGCUUCCUCAAUCCUAUGCUUCAGAUCAAGGUUUGCUACAUGUACUCCAAGAGUUUAGAGUAAGGGGGCACUGUUGCUCUUGGCGGGGUUCGUUGCGAAUGUCGUACUAUAUAUUGAAUAUUGUGGCAGCGAGGAGUCAGGUAGAACCUGCAGAUAAUACGUGAUGAGUUUCACCUGUGUUUGAUUACUGGCAGUUUACUUUUGUGUGUCUUCUGUGUUCUUUCAGAAAAAAUCCAUUAACUAGAGAGAGAGAGCUGAGAUACCCAACACUAUGCAUGUGUACACAGAUUAGAGGAAUAUAAAGUAGCUGAAAAGUGAUCUAUAAACUAAAAAUAAAACACACCUUCAGUUUUCAAAUCUGUCUCCCAGUUCCUCAUUCCCUAAACUGUGACAGUGUUACAAAUAUACAUUGUGGGGUAGUGCUGUAGUACUUGAGACAGGUCUUGGUUUGGAGACCGGUCUCAAGACCACUUUUUGAAGGUCUCAGUCUCGUCUCGGAAUUGACCGAAUUUUUAUUUGGUCUUGUCUUGGUCUCGGACAUAGAGGACUUGGGAUUUUAUUUCAAGACCGCAACUGUGGCAAUUUCACUAAAUUGUCUAUGCAUUGUCUGAAUUAAAUUGUUAACAUUGUUACUCUGAUUGAGUGUAAAUUUUCCUGCUUUCAUAUGUGACCAAUAAUGUGAUUCGUUGCUAAUUUGAAAUGAUUGUGGCUACUGCCUCAUAGAAGCGACGCGAGGCAGUAGCCACUAUGUCAUCGUGUUGUAAGAA